AGAGACUCCUCUUCAUAAAAAAUCUGUCUGCAAAUUCCACUCCUAUGUCUCAAAUACCAACUCCAGAUGAAUCUGAUCGCAUCAUGCAUGUUGUCUUAUAAGAGUCAGAUUAAGGUCCAAGAGGGAGCUCAGAUGUCGGGUUGGAUUUUGAAUGGGAUAUUACCCUCCUCUACAUAAACUCUUCAUUGUCUAAAUAGCCGAACGAUCUAAUGGGCUCCUGGCUUCAUCAAAAUGUUAUGAAGUCUCGCAGUGAUCAUUAUCUAUCCUGGGUUCGAUCUGAUUUCCGCAUCAACAAGACUCUGGAUUAUGAUAUUCUAGGAGCUGGGCUUAAUUAUCACCAUAAGCAUUUCAGUUUUAAGCAAGCCUCUCAAGCUUUCUCAGUCCUUAUGCACUGCUUCGUAAUACUGCACUACGCUGUCGAGUAUCUAGCAUUCCUCCACAAUCAUCAUCUCUAUAUUUCUUAAGUCAGUUCAUUUCCUUGGUUAAAGAAUAAUAGGAAGCUAUAUUUGAUUCGGAUUUCCGCUCCCCGGAUAAGGCUGUACAACCAAAUGAGAUUUAGUAGAUAUCUUAUUAGUUGAUAUAGUAGCUUGAGUAGGAAAGAGGUUAGAUAGUAUGUGUCGGUCUGGU